GUGCUCAUAGGAAGCCAUAGCCACCCGCUAUGAUAUCCGCUGCAAUGACGUUGGCGCUGUUGGCAUUCUUGCCUUUCAGCCGCUCAGUUGUAUUGGAUGCCCACCAGGCGAGGUUGCUCCGCUUGCGAAAAAUGGAGGACAUCGCCUGGACUGAGAUGGAUGACUGGUGUGACUCGACCAUCGUGAAUCAGGCCCGCAGCGUCACGAAGCUGAAAGCCCUGCUUUUCAUGGGCCAGGAGCCAUUGGAGCUCAUCAACAAGACUCACCGGGAGGAGAGCUUCUUCCUGCAGGAUGUCCAGGAUCUCUGCGCUGCGCGGUCCGAGGUCUUCAGAAAGGUCAGGGAUACCGACCUCCCACGUCUGAUGCAGGUUCCCCUGGAGGCGAAUGCUGGAGAGGCAAAAGAGGCUCCAGCUUUCCUGCAACUGAGGUCUGACAAGUCCUUGGAGGGCUUGCACCUGGCUGCCAUGCCAAUGCAGGAGGCCCGGAAGUGGUGCAGCUUCUUCCUAGCCACGAAGGAGGAAGAGGUACAGGACGUUGCGAAGGCGAAGCACCUCCAGGAAAUCGCCACAUGGGCCUCGAUGAAUCGCACCUCCCAGAAGGAGAAGCUGAACGCGGAGCUGGACUUUGGGCAGACGGUGGAGGUGAGCCGCCGGGCGCAGGCGGCGAGAUUGCAGCAGCUGCUCGCAGAGCUCCGGGCCGACCAGGAGAUCCUGGACCGAGAGGUGGCACAAGCGCCCGUUGAACUACGGGAGCACGUGCGGCAGGUCGGCCAGGAGAUCCUCCAGCGACACUCGCUGCUAGCCACGCGAAUGCAGAAGGUUUACGAUGCUCGCGUGGAGGGAGCAGAGGAGAUGGCGCUGAGCCUCCAAUCCAAGCGCAAGAAGCUGCGGGAGAUCGAGGAGGCGCAGAAAGCAUCGGAGCAGGCGGCACAGUCGGCGCAGGCGGACUACGAGGCCGCCACCGCUAAGGUUGGCCGCAUUCGACAGGCCUGCAAGGAGAUCCAGCAGCGCUAGGUGGAGGCCGCGAGAAAUCGAAAUCGCGCGCACCGAGUGCUUCGGCUGCAAAAAGGGCGGCACAUGGCAGCAGUGCUCGCGUGCAUCUGGCAGU